UUCACAGUUUUAUCUAAUUGGUGAAUUGCUUUUUUUGACUAACAUCACAAAAGACACAUUAAGAAAAAGCUUUUGGUUUGUGUUUUACCAAGCUUGUCCCAGUCUGCCUUAAUUUUAAACUGUGAUGAUGACAGUAGUGAAGGACAUUUCCUUUUGACAACUCCGGGGCCCCCAAAGGAGAGCCACAAAGCAGUGGCACGUGUGCAUUUGUGUAGGGGCCCAUCAGACCGUAAAAGGAGGAGGGUCCCGGCGUGUGCCUCUGUCGGGGAGGGGCUGAGUGCACACAUUAAUGUAAUAAACCGCCAGUACAUCUGCUAAGCUAUCUGCACAUCCUCCAACGAAAUCCACCAAACCCAGGCUUUGAGCCCUCCCACCAUAAAAUCCGCUGGGAUCUUGGUUUCAUCCCAUUGGUUGGGGAUGCUGCAACAGGGGGGGCGAGAACAAUAGCAUCAUUCCGGCAUAAAAAGAGUGGAGCUAUGCCUUGGAGACGAAAACAUUUCAGCAACAGAAGGAUCGAUAUACUAGGGAGAUAAAGUCCCAUAAGCCUCUUGUGUUGCCAUAUUUUUUUUUAACAAACCUGGAUACUCCAGAUUUCACCCACCUCCCCGAAGUGCCUUUCCGCUGUUACUCGCCAAGAUGCCCAAAGGAUUCCUGGUAAAAAGAAACAAGAAAUCUGCACAUGUUUCCUACAGGACUCGAUCAGACGAAGAUGACCUCCAGGAGCUACCCACCCCAGUUGCCUUGCCGAGUCAGACGGACCCCUCCCCGCCUAUGUCGGUGUCGUCCAGUCCAGACCGCGCCUCAGCAUCACCGGACUUCACCGUAGCUGAUGUACCGGUUCCAAGACUGGAGAAGCCGGCGCAGUUUGGUAACCCCGAAACGGUAUGCCAAGCCCUCUACAGCCCCACCCGACCCAUCAGCAAAGAGCACGACCGGGGAUAUUUUGAGAGAAGUUUCAAUCUUGGCUCUCCCAUUUCUGCUGAGUCAUUCCCAACAUCCGCCUCGAUCUCCGGCCUGGACCAUCUUCUGUACGCUCCGGUCGAUCUGAAAAUAGGCACCAGCAACAGCAGCCGCAGCGGCACCACCAGCACCAGCAGCAGCAGCCUCCCAGGACCAAGCAACCGGGUCGCCACCAAACGAUCCGCGGGUGAUGGAGCAGAGCGCAAAUCUAAAUCCGCCUCAAAGAAACCCAAAGCCAUUAGAAAACUCAACUUUGAAGACGAGGUGACGACUUCCCCGGUGCUUGGGCUCAAAAUCAAAGAGGGACCGGUGGAAAUGAAGCCAAGGGCGCAGUCCUCGGGAGGAAACAAACCUUUAGGGGAGUUUGUGUGUCAGCUGUGCAAGGAAGCAUACGCGGAUCCCUUCUCCCUGGCUCAGCACAAAUGCUCUCGCAUAGUCAGGGUCGAGUACCGGUGUCCUGAGUGCGAUAAGAUGUUCAGCUGUCCGGCAAAUCUCGCAUCUCACCGCCGCUGGCACAAACCCCGGACCACCGGCGCGGCAGCGAUGCCACCCACGCAAGGCAUCAAAUCUGAAAUGGCCAAAAUGCCGCCGCUAGGUGUCAAGUCAGUCUCCGACGAAGCCAAAGACAUAAGUGACAGAGACACACCGAGUCCAGGUCUGUCUGAAUCGGGAUCUGAAGAUGGCUCAUAUGACUGCCAGUUCUGCGGGAAGAGGUUUAAGCGUCAGGCAUAUCUAAGAAAACACAUCAUGGGACACCAGGCUCUGCAAAAGAAAGUGCUGGAAGAGCACGGGUUUCAAACCAGUGACCGCGCUGCAGAACAGGCUCCGGUGUCAGCCUCCUCCUCCUCUUCAGCAUCAUCUUCUUCUCCAUCUUCAGAGGAAGCUUCAAACCAAAGCCCCCUCAAUCUGAGCCCGGUGGACUGCCUGCUGUGCCCGGUGUGCGGAGAGAGUUUCACCAGCAGGGCCGGCCAGGAGAGACACCUGCGCCUCAUGCACUCCUCCCAGAUCUACCCUUGCAAAUACUGCCCCGCCACUCUCUACAGCUCACCGGGGCUCACCAGGCACAUAAACAAGUGCCACCCCUCUGAGAACAGGCAGGUGAUCCUGCUGCAAAUGCCGGUGCGUCCUGCCUGCUAAAGACAACACAGAACUCGUGCCUUUGAUGGGGGAAAAUAACAAAAAAGAAGAAAAAUUAAAGAAAAAAGAAAAUAAAAAGAUGCUUUGGGGCUACGAGAAAAGAAAGAAAAAAAGCAAAAAAAAUUAAAAGAAAAAAAAAAAGUUUGUGACGCUCACUGCCAUAACUUUAGGCCAAUGAAAGGCAGGGCUGUUUGUUGUUUACGUGGUGUCUUUUCCAUGCCAAUCAGUGAUUGUUGAAUGCUUGUCUCUAUCUUUGAAGUACACAUAGGCCUAUUUUGAGAUUUUAUUUCUCAAAUUAGUUUAUCAAGAGAAAAAAAAAAUACAAAGCAUUAGUUUGACUGUUAAAGGGUAUUUUUCUAGGACAGCACAUGCGCAAUGAUAGCUUCUAGACCUAAGAAAUGUCUUAAAAUUCUCAGAAAUCCUUUUCCCCAUCAAAGCCUCUUGAAUUCACCGACCAUGAUUGCAUCACUGUAGCUUUACGCUAGUUUGUGAAUGACAGAACUUAUCAACUUUGUCUUGGUGGAAAAUAAAGUGUUUCCCUGUUUAGUAGAACCACAAAUGCCUUUAGUAUACAGAUAAGCCUAGUCUGAAAUAGCCUACAAACACAUCCAAAUCUCGCUGUAUAACUGCCUUAAAAAGAAAAAAAGUCAACAUAGAUUGUUUUAAUUUUGAAUGCUGGCACAUAUUUUAUUAUUAUUGAAGAUUGUUGCAAUAUUUUUCAUCAUAUUUAUUUAUUUAUUCUAAUUAUUUUAUGUAACUUAUUGUGUUUGUUGUGAUUUUUUUCCCUGUGAAUCGUUCUGGCAGUUUACAUGUCCUAUAGCCAAAAUACCUUUUGUUUUGUUUUUGCUUUUAAUUUUCUUUUUGUCAAAUUUAUGAGUUGUGAUAGGUGUCGUGGCUCGGGUUUUAAUCUUCAAUCUCCACAGCUCUUGUUAAAAAAGAAAAAAAGAAAAGAAACGUAAAGCUCUUACCUUAGAUGCAAUCUUUUUUAAGGACGAGUUAUUUUUCUUAAAUGUUGGCUUUUAUAGCGCUUUGAUUGUAUGUGUAUAUUGUUGUUGUCUAUCGAAAUAAAAAAA